UGAAGAACCACACGUUUUGUUUAUAUUUGUUUGCUUGUACAGUUCGUAGUAUUUUAAUACAAUUUAAUAACAAUAUGCGACCUGAAAAGCAUCAAAAGAUUAGACGCCACCAGAAACAUAAACAUGGGAAAAGUGGGCACGGAUCAAGUAGCACUUCGAAGCAAAAACCUGUAGAAACUACUGGGAAAAGUGACAACCGAGUUAGGCCUAAGCCUAAGGAGCCUCCCGAUGAAAGUGAUAGUCGUCGAGGUCCCUCCAACGAAACCGCCUCGGCUCGUAGUGGAUCCGCGGCCUCCAACGAUGAUUCGCAAACACUAUCAGGAGGGGAAAGGCAAUCAACUUUUUCAAGACGCAAAAUUGAAAGUAAUUGGAGUCGAUAUGGCGACAUUGAGGAUCUUGAAAAUGAGGGAGUAACGCAGAGGGGUGCUGAUUUGGGUCUUCUACUCGCUAAAGAAGAUGAUUCAUCUGCUCAGUUCCGCUUCCAAGAUGAAAAAGACUGGCAGGAUGACACAUAUCAGCAGCAGGAGGGCAAUAUGGAUGUCCUCCGGUUGAAUGUGCAGUCGUUGGUCUCGCAACUUCAGUCUCUACCAAUCUCACAGAGAUUGAAUAUUGAUGAGGAGGUAUUCAGAAUUUUUGAAAAAGAUUUUGGAAUCGGUAACAUUAGCGAUGCAAGAGGAAUUUUACCAAUGACAGAACUAAAUAAGGACAAAUCUCAGGAAUCAAAGAUUUCUGCUGUCCCAGUUGAGAAUAAAAAAAGUUUUCCUGUUGAUAUAAAACCAAACGUCGAUUUUUCAAAAGAAAGUUCAUUGAAACAGACUCUUAAUUUUUCCAUAAAAUCACAAUUGAGCGAUAAAGAUAAAAACGUACAAUGUGGUAGGACCAGUACAAACCAGAAAAAUCCAGUUGAAACUGAACAUUUUAAAAAGUCAGAUGUCAUAGUUCGAGACAUGACAGAAGACGAUGAUGAUGAACUUGAUUUUCUAUUGGCUCUUGAUAAUCCAGUGAAAACACAACAAAGAAUCUCAAGUGACCAGGAUGAGGAUGAUCAAGGUAUUGAAACUGAAUAUGUGCCUUGUGACAUUAAACCAGAUGAUGGCGAUUUGGAAGACUGGUUGGAUAGCGUAUUAGAUGACUGA